AUGAAUCGUGGUUUUCUUGGUAACAAAGAUAAAAGUUUCAAUUUUGAUUGUUCUACCUGUAAGUUGGGGAAGAGUAAAGUUUUACCUUUUCCUACAUCUGGUAGUCAUGCUACUACAUGUUUUGAGAUUAUACAUUCUGAUGUUUGGGGUAUUACUCCUGUUAUCUCACAUGCUCAAUAUAAAUAUUUUGUUACGUUUAUUGAUGACUACAGCCGUUUUACAUGGAUUUAUUUCCUGCGCACCAAGGCUGAAGUAUUCACUGUGUUUCAAGCUUUUCUAGCCUAUAUUGAAACACAGUUCUCUACAUGUAUUAAAAUUUUGCGAUCUGAUAAUGGAGGUGAAUACAUGUCACAUGAAUUUCAGGGAUUCUUGCAACAGAAAGGUAUUAUAUCUCAGAGAUCUUGUCCUAAUACACCUCAACAAAACGGGGUGGCUGAACGUAAGAACCGUCACUUGUUGGAUAUGGUUCGAACAUUGCUUUUGGAGUCCUCUGUUCCAGCAAAGUUUUGGGUGGAAGCUUUAUCUACGGCUGUAUAUUUAAUCAAUCGCUUACCCUCUCAACAAUUGAGGUUUGACUCUCCUUAUUAUCGCCUCUUCAGCACAUAUCCUCAGUACGACAGGUUGCACACUUUUGGGUGUGUUUGUUUCGUUCAUCUGCCUUCUCAUGAGCGUCACAAACUUAUGGCUCAAUCACAGCAUGUCUCUCAUCUUGAUAAUGUUUGUAUUCCUACUUUUGAGCAUAUCGAUGAUCCGUCACCACUCAUUGAGCGUUUUAAACGCAAUCAUGUUUAUCAGCGAAGACGGCCCCUUUCUUCACAAAUCCUUCCCGACCCUGAUCCGGUGAUUGCUCCAGUGGCUCUCCGCAGGUCACAUCGUACCACUCAGCCCCCCACUCGGUAUGGUUUCUCUGCCACUUUAGCUAACACUGAAAUUCCCACAUGUGAUUCUAAAGCAGCUAAACUUGCAUGUUGGACGAAAGCCAGAUAUAAAGCAAGGUUGGUGGCACUUGGUAAUCGGCAACAGCAUGGAGUUGACUACGAAGAAACAUUUGCACCUGUCGCAAAAAUGACUACUGUAAGACUUAUUCUUGCUAUUGCAGCCUCUCAAGGUUGGCCAUUGAGUCAAAUGGACGUUAAGAAUGCUUUCUUACAUGGGGAUCUUAAGGAAGAAAUCUAUAUGACUCCACCACCUGGAUUCUUCUCCACUCCAUCGACAGAUGUUUGUAAGCUCAAACGAUCACUUUAUGGCUUGAAACAGGCACCACGAGCCUGGUUUGACAAGUUUCGCACUACACUUAUCAACUUCUCCUUUGUCCAGAGUCAGUAUGAUUCUUCUCUGUUCCUUUGCAAAACUUUAAAUGGCAUUGUUUUACUCUUGAUUUAUGUUGAUGAUAUCGUUAUUACGGGUACAGACUCUACUUUGAUUUCCAAACUUAAAGAGCAUCUUUGUCAGUCCUUUCAUAUGAAGGAUUUAGGUCCUUUGCAAUAUUUUUUGGGUCUUGAAGUUCAGUCGACAGACACUGGUCUUUUUUUACACCAACAUAAAUAUACUCGAGAUCUUAUUUCUUUGGCUGGACUACAAGAUGGUCGCUCAGUUGACACUCCUUUAGAGAUUGGUGGGAAGCCUCAAUUAUUUGACGAUUACAAGGCCAGAUAUUUCAUUUGCUGUUCAACAAAUGCAUAUAGUGAUGCAGACUGGGCUGGUUGUUCAGAUACUCGACGUUCUAUUACCGGCUGGUGUAUGUUUCUUGGUGACUCUCUUGUAUCAUGGAAGAGCAAAAAGCAGCAACGAAUAUCUAAAUCUUCAACUGAGUCUGAGUAUCGUGCUAUGUCCUCUGCAUGCUCAGAAAUUAUUUGGCUUCGUGGUCUCUUGGGUGAACUUGGCUUCUCUCAAGCCGAGCCUACUCAACUUCAUGCAGAUAAUACCAGUGCCAUCCAAAUUGUCGCAAAUACAGUAUUUCAUGAACGUACAAAACACAUUGAAGUGGAUUGUCAUUCUAUUCGUGAUGCAUAUGAUAGUCGUGUUAUUUCACUUCCUCAUAUCAAUACUUCUCUUCAAACAACUGAUGUUUUCACGAAGGCUCUUUCAAGAAAACGUCAUCAGUUCUUGGCGCAAGAAUCCAUGAUAUUUUACAAAGUUUCAGAGGAUCAGUCAGAUGCCGAGGUGGAUGAUAAAAAGAAGAAGAAGGUUUCCAAAGUUUCGAGUAAACCGGUGGUGUCGGGUAGUUCUGGAUCCAAAAAGAAGAAGAAGGUUUCUGCAAAAGUUAAAAUAUCGAAUGGACUAAAAUGGGUUGAUGUAGACGGUAAAAGGAAGCCAAUGAAGUUGGUAGAUGGAAAACUUGUAGAAUCCCGAAUGUGCCACCAGUGCCAAAGAAGGGAUCGGGAAGGUGAAGUUGUUUCUUGCCAUAAGUGUUUAUCCAAGCGGUUUUGUGAGCCAUGCAUAAAAAAUUGGUACCGCGGCUUAACACAUGAUGACAUUGCAAAGGCUUGCCCAGUUUGUAUGGACAUAUGCAACUGUAAAGCAUGCAUUCGUUUAUUCAAGAAAUCAUGGGCGAACUUAGGACGGAAGAUUGGCCAAGAUGAAGAAGUGGAGUUAUCCAAAUAUGUAAUAAGAUAUCUUCUGCCAAUCCUGAAGCAGAUCCAUAUUGAACAAGAAAAUGAGAAGGAAGUGGAGUCUGCUAUUCAAGGUACCCUGCCAGAAGUGAAAAUAAAAGAUGCUAAAUGUCCUCAAGAUGAGCGCAUGUAUUGUGACAACUGCAGAACGUCCAUAGUUGACUUCCACAGAAAUUGCUCAAACUGCUCCUUUGAUCUGUGUCUCACAUGUUGUCAAGAGAUUCGUGAUGGUUCCUUAUCAGGAGGUGAAGAGGUAUACAAGGAGACGUUUGUCAACAGAGGGAAAGCAUACAUGCAUGCUGAAGAACCUGCGCAUACGAAAGUUACAGCAAGGAUGAGAGCAAAACUAACUGAAUGUGUCAAAUCAAACGAUAUGAACCCUGAACCUGCUGAUAGACUUGAAGGUCAUGUUAGCCUAAAAUCUGAUUGGAAAUUGAUGGAUAACAAUAGCAUUCGUUGUGCAUCUUGUGGUUCUGGUCAUAUGGUGCUCAAGCGUGUUCUUCCAGAGAAUUGGGUAUCAAAUUUAGAAGGAAGAGCUGAAAAAAUAGCAGCAGAAUUCAAUCUCUUCAAUGAUCCCGUCCCUCCUACACAGAAGUGCUCGUGUCGCAACUCCGCUGGCAGUGGCAAAGCUGGAAACAAUAAUUUUCGGAAAGCUUCUUUGAGGGAUGAUUGCAAGGACAACAAUCUUUAUUGUCCACAAGCCAAAGAUAUUCAGGAUGGGGACUUGGAGCACUUCCAAAAGCACUGGAUCCGAGGGGAGCCAGUCAUUGUUCGCAAUGUGUUGGAACUGAAGCCAUCUAACUUUAGUUGGGAGCCAGAAGUGAUGUGCAGAUCCUUGAGGGAGAAAUCUAAUUCUAAGACGAUGAAAGGUUCAGGUCACUUAGAAGUGACGGCUGUCAAUUGUAUGGACUGGUGCGAGGUUGAGGUUAAAAUAGUGGAUUUUUUCAGAUGCUAUAUGGAAGGUCUUAUGCAUCAUAAUAUGUGGCCUAAGAUGCACAAACUGAAGGAUUGGCCUCCAUCUGAUAUGUUCGAGGAGCGCUUGCCACGGCAUUUUGCUGAGUUUGUUAGUUCCUUGCCUCUCAAGGACUAUACGUGUCCUAAGCUUGGAUUCCUUAAUCUUGCCACCAAGCUACCACCCAAAUCCUUGAAACCGGAUAUGGGUCCAAAAACGUACAUUGCCUAUGGGCAUGCUCAAGAGCUUAUUCGAGGUGACUCUGUCACCAAGCUUCAUUGCGACAUGUCUGAUGCGAUAAACGUUUUGGUUAAUGUACGCGAGGUGUCUGUGGAUGGUGCUCAACUUAAAGAGAUAGAAAAAGCGAAAAAGAGGCACAUGGCCCAAGAUCAAAAGGAAAUGGAAGAGCUCUUGAAGGGUGACAAUCAGAGCUCAUCUACAGAGAUAUCUGUUCUUAACAACAAUUGCAAGGGAAAAGAAUGCAAUGUUUUUGUACCUGAUAAUUGUUCAAGUAACAGUGCUGGUGCUCUUUGGGAUAUCUUUCGCAGAGAAGAUGUUCCAAAGCUACAAGAGUACCUAAGAAAGCAUUGCAGGGAAUUUCGGCACUUGUACUGUUCUCGAGUUGAGCAGGUCAGUCACCCGAUUCAUGACCAAAGAUUCUAUCUAACUUUGGAGCAUAAGAAAAAGCUCAAGGAGGAAUACCGAAUUGAACCAUGGACUUUUGUGCAAGAACGUGGGGAGGCAGUAUUUAUCCCAACCGGCUUCCCUCACCAAGUCCGUAAUUUAAAGUCCUGCACCAAAGUUGCAGUAGACUUCGUCUCCCCGGAGAAUGUUCAGGAAUGCAUGAGGUUGGCCGAGGAGUUUCGUUUGCUUCCCCAGGAUCAUAGUGCCAAGGAGGAUAAAUUGGAGGUGAAGAAAAUGACUUUGCAUGCUGUCAAAAAAGCUGUGGAUUCCGUGGAAAAGCUUUCCAAGUCGCAAGAAAGCAAAAACCAAAGCACCAAAUCAGUUUGCAGUAAAGAAGAGCCUAGCAAAGGAGGAAAAUACAAAACAAGGAAUGGCGGUAAAAGAAGAGAAAAAGGAGGAAAGUAAAAGAAGAGGAAAAGGAGGAAAAAGCGCUAACAAGCUCUGAAAAUACUGGAGAAAGAAAAAUCCCACAGGGGGAAUUAGUUCCGGAGGAAAGUGCAAAACAAUUACUCGUAAGAGUUAAAAGGGUUUCAUGACCUCAAAUUGUAAUUGUUUGACACUAUUAUUGUGCAGUCUUUUUGCUAGUUUAAUGUUGUCUCAAGGGUAGCAGGUUUUAGCAAGUUUUGCAGUUGUCUAAUUAGGACCGUCUGUCUUUCAUACU